AUGCACGUUUUCAAGCUCGCACUUCCUUUUUUUGCCGUGGUUUGCGGUGUCACACGCGGUGCCACAACUCAAGCUGAGCCGCACGUGCUAUGCACGGGGAUUCAUCCCCAUUGCUUCUGCGCAGUGGACGCCAGAAAUUAUGGACCAACUGCAAGAUGGGCCGUUACUCGUAAAUGCAGAGAUUUGCAAAACUAUAAUUUUGGACCCUGUUUUCUAGAAAUUGGAUACCCCGGUUUCCCACCUCAGGCCUUUUGUUGUGAUAAAACUGUCACUAAAGUUGGCCAGGCAACCGCUGAAGCGCUAAACAAAAAUUGCAUAAUGAGAGAUCCUCGUUGA